GAAGGGGUUUUCGCUUUCUGGGUGCAGAGAGAGAGAGAGAGAGAGAGAGAGGUUUCUUCUUUUUCGUUUUUGGCGCGGCGGAACCCUAGUGCGGUGGUGAGCGAGCCCUGUGGGGCGUGGGAACUGAGAGAGAGGAUGAGUGGGAAGGGCGGUGGUGGCCACAACAAUGACGGCGUUAAGGGGUUAUCGGGGACGAUUCCGGCGUCGUCGAGGAAUAUGGUGCAGAGUUUGAAGGAGAUUGUGAGCAAUUUCCCUGAAAACGAGAUCUAUGCUAUGCUCAAAGACUGUAACAUGGACCCCAACGAAGCUGUCAGUCGCCUUCUCUUCCAAGAUCCUUUUCAUGAGGUGAAGAGCAAGCGAGAAAAGAAAAAAGAGAUUAAGGACCCAACAGAUUUCAGGUCUCGUGCGAGUGGGACAAAUAACUCAUCUAGUCGUGGUGGUGGUGGUGGUGGUUGGGCUGGCACAGACCGUCACGGUGGACGUGGGGGCACCAACCAAUUCAGCAGUAGUGAUUUUGGUCUGCAGGGAAAACCUGUAUACAAGAAGGAAAAUGGAGCAUCUGCUUAUGGAGGUUCUACAGCUAGUGUGCUGGGAAAUAAUGCGAACAGGCGACCACCAUCCCACAGUGAUUCUGCUGCUACUGAAAAUAAAACAUUUGCAUUAGGCAUCGGUGAUGGAUUUUCUUCAUCAUCACAGCAUGAUGGAUUGCAGUCUGCAUGGAUGGGGAAUGUGGGUCAAGUAUCAAUGGCUGACAUUGUCAAGAGGGGUAGGCCACAGGCCAAGUCAUCCAUGCAUAACAUUUCCAUCCACAGUGCUAAUCAUCAGGGUGUUUUGAUGCAUCCAGAAUUAUCAGAUUACAAUUUGCAUUCAUUGCAAGUUCAUGCUUCUGCAGUUUCAGAGACGAAUACUGAUCAAGGUGAUGCUAUUAGCCACAAUGUUCCACAGAAUGAUGAAUGGCCUUGUAUCGAGAACCAACAUGAUGUUAGAGUAUAUGCUGUUGUUGAUGCCCAUGCAAAUUCUGAGUACUAUACGAAUUCGUCAAGCUUCGGUGAAGCUAAUUGGCAGCAGAAUGCUCACUUAGAUGAACAUUUGACUGAAGAUGGUUCUGUUGAGAAUGCAGACGAUGAAGGAUCUGCUUCCAUAUCUAUUAGAAGUACAUCAGACGAUAACACAGGAGCUGAAGAUGGCGUUUCAUCAGUGGCUGCAAACUUAGAGCAGUUAAAUUUACAGAGAGAUAAUCAGGGGACUGAACCAGAGGAGGACAAUCCUUCUGUAGUAAUUCCGAAUCACUUACAACUCCAUACUUCAGAAUGCUUGAAUCUGAGCUUCGGAAGUUUUGGAUCUGGAAACAGUGCUCCACUUCCUGGAUCUGGGCCAUAUGCAUCUAGGCCCUUGAAAAAUAACUUGGAAGAUACAUCUGGAGUGAUGGAUGUUUCAACAAUUGGAUCCUUGGAUGCCAGAUCCUCAGAUGCUAGAAAUCCUGACUAUUAUGGCGAGGAGCAUAUUACUACUACCCAGGAUGGAAAUUUAGUUCGUGGUACCAGUGCGAGUGCUGUGACCUAUGAACAUUCUUCCAUUUCACAACAAGAGGUUUUAAAACCUGAACCCCCUGAAACUGCUCAGGAAAAUCAAUAUUCAUUUCCUUCAUCUUCACAUGGGUUUACUUAUGAAAAUGCCCAACAAUCAGAGGUCACAUUUCCUCAUUCACAGACAAGCUCACAGAUGCAGAACCUUGCUCCCUUCUCUGGUGUAAUGCAGGCAUAUUCAAAUUCUUUGCCCAGUGCUCUGUUGGCUUCGACAGUUCAAACAGCAAGGGAGGCUAUCCCAUACUCACCCUUCCCUGCAACACAAUCAAUGCCUGCAAAAUAUAGCAACAUUGCUCCUUCAAUUGGCGGUCCCACCAUAACCAUGUCAGAGGCUCUCAGAGCUAGCAGCAUUUCUACACCUCAUCCUAAUCCACAAACCAUUCCAGGUGCUAAUGUUGCCACUGGACCUACACUUCCUCACCACCUAGCUGUGCAUCCCUACUCCCAACCUAAUCUUCCUUUGGGACACUAUACUAAUAUGAUUAGCUAUCCAUUCUUGCCUCAGAGUUAUACCUAUAUGCCAUCAGCUUUUCAGCAGACUUUUGCUGGAAAUAGCACAACAUAUCACCAGUCUCUGGCAGCACUGCUUCCACAAUAUAAAAAUAGUGCUUCUGUCAGCAGCUUGCCUCAGUCUGCUGCUGCUAUUCCACCUGGAUAUGGCUUUGGCGGUUCAACAAACAUUCCUGGAGGAAAUUUUCCUCUGAAUCCACCUGCUGCUCCUACUGGGGCAACCAUUGGAUAUGAUGACAUAAUAAGUUCCCAGUUUAAGGACAACAAUCACAUGAUUUCGCUACAGCAGAAUGAGAAUUCUCCCAUGUGGGUUCAUGGGCCUGGCUCUCGAACAAUGUCUGCAGUUCCUCCGAGCACAUAUUACAGCUUGCAGGGACAGAAUCAACAACCAGGUGGAUUUCGGCAAAGGCAGCAGCAGCAGCCUUCACAGCAUUUUGGACCCCUUGGGUACCCUAAUUUCUACCAAUCUCAGACUGGCAUUCCUAUGGAACAUCAACAGCAAAAUUCUAGGGAAGCAUCCCUGGGAGGUUCGCAAAGCCAACAAUCUAAGCAGUCCCAACAAAUAUGGCAAAACAGCUACUAAUCCUAGUCAAGUCCCGGUUUUUCAGGGUCUUGAUGUGAAAGUGGCUAAUCAGAGGCAUUUCCAUUGUCUAAUAACUAAACUUAUCACUGUCUGGUCCGAAGAGACCAUGAGCCCAUUGCCACGAGGUUGUAUUCUACAUAAAUUAUGUUCAUCAUGUUUAACGUAGGUACAAGUGUGCUAAUUUGGUUUACUCAGUACAUUUUUUUUUUUAAUAUUCUCAUAUCGUUAUAGUGGAAAAUCUCUUUGGAUAAUUUUCUCACCUUACACCCCUUGUGCUCAUUUUUAUUUUGUGAUAUACAUUC